AGCGGAACAUAUAUUGAAUGCGUACAGCGUUGGCGGAUUGUUUUUCCAGACGGAUAGAUAUUUCCUUUUCCCGUCGAAAGCAGUAUGAAGAAAGAGCAGGUCGUAAGCUGUCAGUUUUCUGUCUGGUAUCCGAUAUUUAAAAAACACACAAUAAAAAGUUUAAUUCUUCCACUGCCACAGAAUGUAAUAGAUUAUUUGCUGGAUGACGGAACACUUGUAGUUUCUGGGAGAGAAGAGCCGCCAAGUCACUCUCAGAAUAACAACAGUGGCGAGGAAGAAGAAAUACAGUGGUCAGAUGAUGAAACUACUGCAACUGCUACAGCCCCUGAAUUUCCAGAGUUUACAUUAAAAGUACAAGAGGCAAUCAACACUUUGGAUGGGAGUGUCUUUCCCAAACUAAACUGGAGUUCUCCAAGGGAUGCAAAUUGGAUUGCUAUGAACAGUUCAUUGCAGUGCCAGAGCCUGAGUGACAUUUUCCUCCUCUUUAAGAGUUCAGACUUCAUUGCACAUGACUUGACUCAACCAUUUAUUCAUUGUAAUGAUGACUCCCCAGAUCCACAGAUAAACUAUGAGCUUGUUCUUAGAAAAUGGUGCGAGUUAAUCCCUGGUGGAGAGUUCAGAUGCUUUGUCAAGGAAAAUAAACUUAUAGGUAUCUCACAGAGGGACUACACACAAUACUAUGAUCACAUUUCCAAACAGGAAGACGAUACCUAUAGAUCGAUUCAGGAUUUCUUCCAGGAGAACAUACAGUAUAAGUUCCUAGAUGAAGACUUUGUGUUUGACGUCUACAGAGACAGUAGGGGUCGGGUGUGGCUUAUAGAUUUUAACCCCUUUGGUGAAGUGACAGAUUCACUUUUGUUUACUUGGGAGGAGUUGACUUCAGGAACCGAUCUUCGAGAUGAAAACAGUGGAGAAGAGACCACAGAGCAGGCCUCUCCAGCAUUUCGCUAUACUACCAGUGAUGUGACAGUCCAGCCGAGUCCCUCUUUGAGUUAUCGGAUACCCAGGGACUUUGUGGACCUCUCCACUGGAGAGGAUGCAUACAAGCUUAUUGACUUUCUCAAGCUGAAAAAAAAUCAACAAGAUGAUGAAUCUGAUGAAGAUGUGUAGGGAAAAUUGUACCUCGAAGCAGGAUUUAAGCCAGUGAGGUUGGGAGAGACAGUCUGUUCAAGCAAGUAGUAUUCUGCCAAAAUAGAGAAUGACUAAAAUAAAUGUAUUGCUUUUUAUUUUAUUACAAAUGUAUAGCAAGGAGUAAUGUAAACAUGAGGAAAUGUAUCUUUUUGAAACCAUGUAAAAAUUGCAUACACCAUACAAAUAUAUACGUGUUAAACAAUUUUACAAAUAAAGAAAGGGAAAGCACAGGGUUUUUUUAACCAGUAUCUAUGCUUGAUAUUGUUUUAGUUUAUUGAUCAGUUUGAACAUUAACUUAAUAGCUUGGUGUAUGUUUUAAAAAAUGUUUUCUUAUUAAAGUACAGAAGAUAUUAGGUCUAAGUUUUAUUUGUCAUUUGCUUGAAAACAAUUGUAUUGUAGCUAAGAAAAUUAGUUAUUUGUUUUAUAUACAGUACAUUUUGAAAGAAAAGGUAUUUGUAAAUUGGGAAACUUAAUAAAAAGUGGUCAUGGAUACAUUUAGAUGUACAGAUUAUUAAACAUUCAUCUUUCACAGUGUUGGCUUGAACUUAAAAAAGAAAUGAUAAAACUACACAUUAAUUAAAUUUAUAUGCAUAGUACAAUUAUUGUAUGUAGACCUGCACUUUAUUUUUUGUGGUUAUAAAGUGUUUCGGGAUAAGCUAACUGUCAUUGUUUGUAAAUGGAAAUGUUAUAUGUAGCAUGUUUGUAGUAUCACUUUUAUCAUCCUCAGAUGUUAAUACAGUGUUGUGAACACAGAUUUGUGUACCACAGUAUGGACUUAUGAUUGAAAAAAAGCUUUGUUAUAUCAUGCUUAAAUAAUAUACUGUAAUCCUUCGAAUUUAAGACGCAGCCGAAAUUUACAACCCUCAAUUUGAGGAUAAAAUGUUAUGCAUUUACAAAGAUACAGCCUCAAUUACGCUGUUGUAUUGUAUAAAACUGACCCGAAACAGUGGUGUUGUAGACUUAAGAGGGCGUCUCUGUCAUACACACACCACCACUCACUUACAGCAUCACACAUCCUGGCAACAGCAAGCACGACACAACACUCCAUGGCAUCAGGCAACAUGAAGCCCAGCAACCACAACAGCACUGAACAUUGCUUGGCAUGUGGAAAAAUCAGCAUUUACGAUCUGUCCCGUCUGGUCCUGUUUGUUAGAAAUGCUGCUAUUGUAAAUGUUCCUCUUGGAAUUCCUCAGGAAGCUUGGUUUGUCUUUUUUCAACAGCGUCAUGUUGCUGCUUGUGUAUUCGGGCAGACGGCUUUAUUGUCUUUUGUCAGCAGUCAGUCUUGCUGUUUGUAGACUUGGAUAGUCACGUCUUAUGACAGCGAUUUUAAUACAUGCAUCACUGUUCUAUACUCAAAUUUAAGACGCAGGCUAUUUUUGAGACUCAAAAAUGGUUAAG